AUGCAUUAUCUACUACUCCUAGCGACUGCCUCAGUGGUUAUUGCGGCUGAUGCCAACAACGAGGCUCAUUCGGAGCUAAAGGCCGAUGAAUCUGCACUUCCAAUACGGGUACAUGACGACGACCGACUUCACCACUACCAAGAUGGCUUGGAACUGAUGCGAAGCCGCGACGAACGCACGCGCUUACGUGUCGAAGAGUUACGCAACAGCCCCCGCAAUGAUGACCGUCAAGGACCCAUCAGAGUCAACUUCAAGGACGAUGACCACUCUGGGCCUCAGAUAUUGCGAUCACCUGACCCGCUUCACAGCCAUGGACAUCCGGAUAUCGAACGCCAAAAUAGAAUAAUUGCUGACGUAUACAGCCCAGACUGGUACCAGCCUACUUGGAUUCUUGACUAUAGAUACCUGAAGACGGGCGGUCGGGACUACACCCGCGGCCCGGGCGGUCAGAUCCUCAUCCUGCCCAAGGGUGUCAAGUCAAAUGAACACAAGGAGUUUGAUAACUUCGACAUGUUGCUCGAACACCUCCGUCUGAGUCGCUUGGCUGAACAAUCAAAGAACAGAGGGCGUUACGGAGAUGAUCACGAUGCUAGACGCGCUCACCACAACUAUGAGCACGAAGAAUAUUUCCGCCCACAUCAGCUGCAGCACAACCCGUGGAAAGCGGCUCGUCAUCAUUAG